AUGGUUAACGACAAGAAGAUCGGUGCCUACUAUGCACCAACCGGCGGACUGCCACCCCAGACCCAGAUCCUCACCGACCGUGCCAUGUUCACCGAAGCCUACGCCGUCAUCCCCAAGGGCACCUUCAGCGAUAUCGUCACCAGCUUCCUUCCCUUCUGGGACCAGACACGGUUAUGGGUGAUCGCCCGUCCGCUAUCAGGCUUCGCCGAAACCUUCUCCCAAUAUAUCAUGGAAGUCCAACCGGGCGGUGGAAGCGAUCGUGCCGAACUCGAUGACGGUGCACAGGGAGUCCUCUUCGUCGUCGAAGGCGAAGUCACCGUGACCCUGGACGGACAAGCACACACCCUCGCCGAAGGCGGCUACGCUUAUCUCCCUCCGAAGAGCGGCUGGUCCCUCCGCAACACGGGCUCCGCUACCGCCCGGUUCCACUGGGUCCGGAAAACAUAUGAAGCUGUGGAUGGACUCGAUUACCCCACCCCACUCUUCCUUAACGAAAAGGAAAUCGCGCCCACCGUGAUGCCGGAUACCGAUGGCUCGUGGGCGACUACUCGCUUUGUGGACCCGACUGAUCUCCGUCACGAUAUGCACGUCACCAUUGUGACCUUCCAGCCCGGUGGUGUCAUUCCCUUCGCCGAGACCCAUGUUAUGGAGCACGGACUAUAUGUCUUGGAAGGAAAGGCCGUUUACCGACUGAACCAGGACUGGGUUGAGGUUGAGGCCGGUGACUUUAUGUGGUUGCGCGCUUUCUGCCCGCAGGCCUGUUAUGCCGGUGGCCCUGGCCCAUUCCGAUACCUGCUCUACAAGGAUGUGAACCGCCACAUGAAGCUCUCGCGAUAA